AAGGAUGACGAAAACCGCUAUCAUUGAAACUAUGACAACAAGGCAAAAGAGUGGGAACGUGUUGUAAUAAUAGUCAGCAUAUAUUACACAAAGGACUUUUUUAGAAUGGGUCGCUUUUCCCAAGCAGUGACAGUUUCUCGAAAUAACUGUUGCACUGAAAGUCAACACUUUCAUCAUUAUUCACAGCACACACCCAGGGGGGAUAUUUUUCACAAGAAGUGACUUUUCCUCUCAAUUCUACCCCAAGGAUAUGACGUUAUAACACAAACACAACACAUGUUGAUAAACUGUGAUAUAAUGAUAUGGACCAAAUGGUUCACAUCAGAUCUCUUUAUGUGUGAUAUGACAUUUCAAUCACAGUGUGAGACUUUUCAAUUAUGAGAAUACAAAAGGCCUCUCCCUUAAGGAUUCUAUAAGUGUCUUGAUAUACAGAACAUAAGAAGGUCUUUUAAUGGAUAAUACACAUGCAAGAUCAUCCUGGAUAAAAUUCGAGAACAUCACAGAAUCUUUUCAAAUCAGUAAUUUCGACAAAACACAGAACUCCAGAGACGUAAAAUAGAAGUCAGGCGAGAUGGCAGUUACCACAACAACAGAGGUUUAUAUCCCGAAGAUCAUUCCCAAGAUGAUUCUUGGGAUGCCGGUGGAUCAAUUUUCAUACAUCAUGUUGGGAAUCGGGGCCACCGCCCCCGCUGUCUUUAUCAUCAUAGUCGUCAUUGCCAUGCAGUGUUACAAAAGGCGGCAAAAGAAAAAACUGAUGCGUUUACAACUUCGCUACAAGAUGGCGCAGAAUUCCAUGGAAAAUGGUCACUUGUACCGCGACCACCGACGGUGGACAGAAGACGAUGUAGUUUUAGAAAAUCCGAUUCUUGUUUCUAGGAAAGAGUUAUCGUCUAACUCAAAUACAGCACGGUCAAUAGGUGGCAGUGUUGUUAUUAUGAAUGGCAGUAUUAGGAACAAUCCGCUUCCAGAUUUCAAUCCACAACAAAGCGAGAGCACGCCAAACGUAUUCUUUACGGACAUAUCUGUCCCGAUACUCCAGCUGAACGGGAAACCAGUGCGGUUGAACGACGCAAUGGAAGUGUGUUCUAUUCGGAGUAACAGCAGUAGCAGACGCUCAAGUUUUGAAUUGGCACCUUCAGCUAGUACAAUGCAUAAUUGGGGGUUUAGCCCCCAAGAAAGUUUACUCAGUUUUAAACCUUAUGAGUUUCCAGAAGAGAAUGUUGUCAAGACUAAUCCAAUGUUGGAUGAGUUGGAAGGCUGUGAUAAACACAACAUGUUCUUUGGUCAGAGAAAAUUAGGGGAAGAAAUGUCCCAGGGGCCAAAUUCCCCGACUUCGGAGGCACCAAACAAGAUUAAAACGACAGCAAUUGUGAUAGAAAAUCCACAUUUUUCAAAUAUAUCUGAAGAAACAUGUCUAACUGACUCAACACCAAAAGCUGUCUCCCCUAGUUACAACCCGGAGGGACAGAAUUCAUCUUUUGAAUCGAACUCAAAACAACCACCUGAUUUGUCACACACUUCCCUCCAAAAAUCUUCCCAAAGAUACGUCAAAAAGUCUGAAGAAUUAAAGAAGAAGUUGAAUAAAUCAGACUCUGAAACAAAAGACGAAACGCCACCAAUUACUCGCUCCAAUGAUUUACAAUGUAAUAAUUCUAUGUCCAAAUCACAAAAUCAUUCACAUGACUUGGAGAAAUUUGACAAUGUUGGCCAUAACGAUGAUGUGAAGACAAGUGAUGAGAAUGACAAUGAACAUAACAAGGCUCGGAGGAAAUCAUGGUUGUUUACAAGUUAUGUAAACAAGGCAUAUGAUCCGGGCCCAGUCGAGUCAGAAAAUGAGGAAAUUCUUAUGUCUGAUCCGACCAAUUCUUGAAGAAGCAUAAUUAUGAAAUUCCAUUGUUCCAGUGUACACUAAGUUAUGCGUUUCAUACAAAAAGAGGGGGGAUUCAACAGGGGUCCGACACAUUUUCAAAGAUGCUUUUCUUCACAAAUCUUAAUGAUAAUCUCCUCGAAUCAUUUAAACCACAAUGCAUCCAGAUUGUGGUUGCAGAUUGGUAAUUUCCUCUCCACAUAGACACAGAUUAUUUCAUUAAAAAGGUUUUUUUCUGUGAUGCACAAAUUUCCCCUUGGUUCUACCAGGCACUACCCAGGGCAGGCUCAAUGAUAAAUUUGAACGUCUGCCUUGAAUGAACAAGAUAACAUAAAAUUCUCAGUUAAUUGGGAAACUGAUUCUCCAGGGUGACUACCGCCAGCUCAUUUAAAUUCCUACAAAAGCGGACUUCCCCUGGUUAGUCAAUUAGAAAACACAUCAGAGCCUGGUGAUACCCAGCAUGUGCAUCUUAAAUUGCAUCUCAAACAGCAAUUUUCUAAUCAGGACUGAGGUAAUUGCCAAACUCAUGGUUCUUGGCAAAAUUAAACUGCAAAAUGAGAAUGCCGAAUCGAUUUACGGGGGACAGUAUUACUGACAUUGACUAUGAG